AUGGAUGAAUCAAUGAAAACAAUCAUGAUGAAUGAAUUUUUAGAAAAACUAAAUGGGGCACAAAAUAAUGAAAUUUUAUUGGAUAAAUUGGAACGUGAACAAAAAAACAAAUUUUUAAAUGCACAGGAUAAUUAUCAAAAAGCUGUGAAAGAUUCCAAACAAUCAACAGCAACAAAUGUUAAUCUAGUUAAUAUAACAAUUUUAGAAGAUAUUAUGAAAUUCCAUGAAAAACUUACAAUUAUGGUCACAAGAGUUAUUCAAGAAUAUGAAGAUAAUAAAUAUAAAACAGAAGAAAAAAUUCAAUCACAUUUAAAUUUUAUUAAUUAUCCACGAUCACAAAAUCUCAUGGAAUUUGAUCCAUUGGUACUUGAUUGUACAUGUGAAGGUCGUGAUGAUCAUGAUGAUAUUCAAUUAAUAUGGUUUCAAAACAAUAAACAAAUUCAUCAAAAUGCAGAUAUUCGUCAUGAACGUGAAGGAAAUACAUUCAAAUUAUUUGUUACUGCUGUAUUUCCUGAUGAUUCAGGUGUAUUUUCAGCUUUAUUAAAAAGUAAAUCAACAAAUGAUGAACAACUUUCUUCUUGUUCAAUUAUUAUUCAACCUCGUAAUAAAGAAGCACUCGAUCCUGGAUUUAUUCAAUUUCCACAAAGUAUUCGUUCAAUGAAAGAUAGUAAAGCAAUAUUUAAUUGUAAAACAUCAGGAUCAACACCAAUCAGAGUUGGAACCGGUCCGGCAAUCCGGCUCCGGUCCGGCCGGAC